CUGCAUUUCUUGCUACCUCACUGCACAGUCUUCCCUCAUUAGUUGCCUUGAAAACUGACUCAUCAAAUUUUCUACUUCGUAAUCAGUUUUGAUCGCUUAUUUCAGUGUUCUGCCCUCUUUGUGUGCAUUUGUCAGGUUACACACAAAUGUCUUCCUCGCCACUCUUUUCCACUUUCACGUUUUAUUUAUUUUUUUUAUUUUGGCACUACUGCUUAAUCUGUCCAUUUUUUCAAGUUCAUAACACAUUCAUUAACCUUUCAACAAAAAAAUUUAAACCCAUCUGAACACUUCACAUCUUUACUUUUGCCAAGUUAUCUGUGGUUUUCAUAGGGUUUUUAGUGGCAGACUUACAAUGUACUGUUCAGUGCUGUGACCAGUGCUUUAGUUGCCUCUGUCUCCAAUAAAACCACUAAAAUGUUUAAAGAAUUUCCUGUUAUUGCUCUCACUGAGCAAGAGUUGUUUCCUGGUUUUUGCCCAGACCACUUUCUGGCAUGUGACCACCAAAGGCAAGUUACGGUUGAGGUGGCCCAAAAAAACCUUUACCAACACUUGUCAAACAUUUUUGCCCAAUUUGAUUUUUGGCUUUAUUGAAGAAAAAAACAUGCCAAGUAAGAUUCUUGAAAUAAAUUUGUAGUCUUCUGUAUGAGACGCCUAAUUAAAGGCUAUACUUGUGCUCUUUUCCCUUCUUCUAGUAUGCUGUUUUCUUGUCUAAUCAUUAGAAGCACUGCAGUGGUGCAAGGUGAAGGGUGAAGUUUUUGCUUAGCUACUUUCUGUUUUGACAGGAAGUUGAACAAGCUCAAAUGAGGCUGCCCAGAUUAACAUCUGUUUUGCAGCAAUAAACUUCAGAACAUCAAAUCAGAGCUAAAAUUAUAAAUGUAAGAUUGGGACCCCAUAAUAAUAAAGCUGGCCCUGUAAAUUAUUUACCAAUGUUUUAUGUUUUAGGAAUCUUUUGUUAUGUGAUUUGUGCACAUAUGACUGACCAAAUUUGCUCAUAUCUACAUUGGAUUAUUCUUGAAUGACCAGCACUUACUGCUCUUUUGCUGUCAUUUGUCAUUUUUAUUCCAGGGAGUUCCCUCUGAAACAGGGAGAGUCUGCUUAAAAAAUGGUCUGCAGUUCUCUGCUUCGUAGGUCAUGUGAUGAGGUCAGUAGGCCUGCCCCAUCACCAAGACUAUUUUGAGACACUUUGUGUAGACUUUGGGAAUUUCAAAACAAAACCAUAUUUAAAGCCAAUGUAAAAAUGUGCACAUAUAUUUACUUACCUGUUGAUCUUGUCUCUCUGGUCCUGUUCCUUUAGGAACGGCAGCGCAUCCAGCUUCCUCUUUUAUAGUAGCCGAAGGGCCCUCGGUUAACAAAAGGGGGGGUAGCCUGAGAUUGAGGUACCUGUGGGAGAGAAAGAACAAUGUUAAAUAAAAGCAAUUGAGAACAUACCAGUAAUGUGAAUGAAGGGCCAAAUUACAUGUCAGUUUGUAUUUUGUCAACAAUGAUAUGUGCAUUAGAUUGUUGUACUGUCCUCUGUUAACCCACUUGCUCUUAGCAGUGGUUUGGCCCAGUCUGAUUAGGGGUGGGGCUAUGAGUUUAAAUGGGGCGGGGGGAAGAGAUUCAGAGGGGAAAAAAUGGCAGGCAUGAGGCCUGUUUGUAGGGUUAAAAGUCUAAUCGGCUUUGUGGCCUCAGACUUCAUCCUGUACUGAAGUUGAGUCAGGAAAACUUCUUUUAUUGGACUGAUGUUUGUGGACUAGAACAAGUCAACUAAAGUCCGUAUGUCUAGAAACUGCUUUUAAUUCGUUUAUUUUCCUUUUUACACAGUUUUUCUUUUUUUCGUGUGAACACUAAUAAAUAUGGACAUUUUGUUGGAACUUACCUCGAAGUAUUGAGCAGUCCUUACAUGGCGAACCCAGGUUCCCGCAUCUAGCACUGAACCACACGUAUAACCAAUCCACAGAUGCAGCAACUGCCUCAUCAUCCCCUGGAGGGCACAGCAGUGCACUUCCUGCCUCUUCCUGUGCCAGCAUGCACUCUGCUACUUCAGCUCCAGAGCAGUCAUCCAGGCUCCACAGCUGUCUCCCUGCAGAGGUGUUGGGAGUGGAGCCUGGUUCAGCUUCUGCCAUCAGUGGGGCUGCUGGGGGCGAUGGUGUUGGGGUACCAGCCCAUCAGAACCAGAUGACACCCUCAAAACGGCGGACCGUCCUGAACAUCUCUCCACCUCCAGAAGACCUGUUGGAUGACAGCCGUAUGUCCUGCCAGGAUGAGUUACCACUCAACCCAGACUCAGAGCAGAGCAGCAGUAUAUGGAUGGAUGACUCAGUUUCUAACUUCAGCAUGCUGAGCAACAGUUCAUACAAUGACAAUACUGAGGUCCCCCGAAAAUCCCGUAAGCGUACACCUCGCCAGCGGCCUGGCCCCAAACCUGUGGCCAGGGAUGGAGCAACCAUGGAUGUGUUUGAUGCAGACAGCGCAAAGGCUCCACACUUUGUACUUUCACAACUGGGUUCUGAAGCGAAAGGCAAUCUUAAAGGAAGCACUCUGGAGGCGGCUGGCAGUCAGAAAGGGGGCAUUCUUUCAAUGCAGUAUCCACAGAAGAGCGAGGGGAAGGAACUGAAGAUUCUUGUCCAGCCUGAGACACAGCACAGAGCACGAUACCUUACAGAAGGGAGCAGAGGAUCUGUCAAAGACCGCACACAGCAAGGCUUUCCCACUGUCAAAUUAGAAGGUGUGAAUGAACCAGUUGUACUCCAGGUGUUUGUCGCUAAUGAUGCUGGACGCGUUAAGCCUCAUGGCUUUUAUCAAGCCUGUAGAGUGACUGGGCGUAACACGACGGCCUGUAAGGAGGUGGAUAUCGAGGGGACCACAGUUAUUGAAGUGAAUCUUGAGCCUAGCAACUCCAUGACUUUAGCAGUGGACUGUGUUGGCAUACUGAAACUAAGGAAUGCAGAUGUUGAAGCUCGAAUAGGGGUAGCUGGCUCCAAAAAGAAGAGCACUCGGGCUCGUUUGGCAUUUAGAGUCAACAUCCCCAGACCAGACAGCUCUGUCCUCACUCUGCAGACCCUUUCUUCACCAAUUCUCUGUACCCAGCCUGCUGGAGUGCCAGAAAUUCUCAAGAAGAGUCUUCAUAGCUGCUCAGUGAUUGGAGGAGAGGAAAUUUUCAUUAUUGGCAAAAACUUCCUCAAGGGAACCAAAGUUAUUUUUCAGGAAAAUGCUACAGAUGAUAGCUCAUGGCAGGCUGAGGCAGAGAUUGACAUGGAGCUUUUUCAUCAAAAUCACCUAGUGGUGAAGGUUCCUCCUUAUCAUGACCUGACUGUGACCUCCCCUGUGUCAGUUGGGAUUUCUGUGGUAACGAAUGCAGGGAGAACACAUGAACUACAGCCUUUCACCUAUACGCCUCAGCAAGAAAAAGCUGAUAUAUCUGUGAAGUCAGAAUUGCCAGCAACAUCUAAGCCUUGCACUUUUGAAGACCAGAUAACAGCAAUGCAAAGUGGGACCAGUAGUCUAAACAGUACCUUGAUGGCCCCAAUGAUAUCCAUAGUCAAACGAGAGGAAGUCACUCCAAUGGAAGUCUCUACCAACCCCACAGCAUGUAACAUUUUUAAGCCUGCAGAGGUUCUUAAUUCAAACCAACAGAUUUUGGAAAUAACCACCGUCCUUCCCACAAGCAGCAAAUCAUUUCCUAGCCCUGUGCCUCUGCAACCUGUUGACUCUCAACAAUCAGCAACUCCAAUUUUUGCAGCUCCAGAGCCCCUUACCACCAUUCAGAAACAGGACAUCUCCCCUACAGCGUCCUUCCAAGUGUCCUUGUCAGAGGACACAACAGUUCUUCAGCCUGUGCCCCCACAGGUCCCUCAGCAGUUCUUGCGGGAAACCCCAGAGACUCUGUCUCCAGAAGACAACAGUCCAGAUGGCACAGGAAUGGUGGUAGUGAGCAUAGAGUCCAGGCCUCCUCCAUCCCAGCAACCCCAGGUCCAAAACCUUUUGCCUCAGGAUGAGGUGGCACAGCUGGAAAGAGCAGUGAGGGAGCUGCAAGAGCAACAGCAACUUAACUCUGUGCUUUACGGUCCAACUCCUUCUGCUGAAAGCCUCCAGCAGCAUGUCCAGGAGAACAUGAACAGUUUAAGGCUGGGUGGCAAUGAGAACACACUGACCAACCAACAGCAGCAGCAACAAGAACAGAACAUAUUGGAGAACCUGCAACAACAACAUCAAAAGGCACUAGUGGAUCUCCAACACCAGCAAACAGUCCUGGAAAGUCUGCAACAGCAACAAAAGGUCUUAGAGAACCUUCAGCACCAAGCUCUUGGUAGCUUGCAACAGCAGCAGUCGCAUCAGAAAGUUCUGGAAAACAUGCAGCACCAGAAAGUUCUUGAGGACAUUCAGCAGCAAAACUCUUUGGUGAACAUGCAGCAUCAGAAAGUACUUGAUACUCUGCAACAGCAACAACAACAUCAGAAAAAUCUAGAGAAACUUCAGCAAGAGCAACAACAUCAAGAAGUCUUGGAAAAUCUGCAGAAGCACUUACAAUCAGAACUCCCGCAGAUUCCUAUGCAGUGCACACCAAGUUUUUCUGGAGUACCACCGGAUCAAAUGUCUGAGCAUCAAAGCACCACGCAGACAGAUGGUACAAUGUCCCAGCCAUCUGAUGGUUUCCUCCAAAACUCAUCCCAGCAGCCACAGCAACAAGCACUUUUCCAACAGGCGGGAGGGAUCCUGACUAUUCAGACAUCAAGCUUCCUUCAGCAGUCGCCUUCGCAGCCCUCACCUCCCCAGCAAUUAUUUCAAAGUCACAACCCUAUGACUGAAACACAGGACCCUCAGACAGCACUCUUUGGCUCUUCCAAAGCUUCCCAGGUCCAGUCUGCUUUAUUUCCCAAUACACUGACAAUGUUGACAAGCACUAACUUACCUUCUGAGCAGCAGCCUCCCUCAACCACACUUUUCAUUUCUCAGGGUGUUCUCCCUAGCCAAAUAACAGCUGACAGUACCCAGAACCAACAGCAACAACAGAUAACUUUUCUCACACCCAUGCCACCAUCCGCUUCGGCUCAAACAGUCUCACUUUUUCAGGGACAAACCCAGUUGUCCACUCCAAUGGAACAGCAGCAGUCUCCCCAGCCGCAGCAAAUACCGACACCUCAGCAAGCCUCCCUUUUCCAGAAUAUGUCUACAAUAUCCCAAAGCCAGGGUCAACAACAACCACAGACUGGCCUACUAUUUUGUGCUACACCUAUUAACCCUCAAGACCUGCCUCAGACUCUCCUAUUCAGUGGCCAGAACCAGGGUCCAAUUGGUGGUGAACAACUUCCACAGAACAUAUUUCAAGACCAGCAGCCCAUGCAAGUUGUCCCAAGCUCUGCAAGUGUGGCAGCAGAUACCUCCUCAAACCAGUCUACUGUUCCUCCAUCCCAGUCAACUCAGAGUCCUCAAAUUCUUUUCCCCCAAGCCAGUGUGGUGAAUGUGGCUCAGCAGGAUUCAUCAGAGCCUAUGUCUUUCCAAGAUGAGAGCUCUGUUGUGGAUGACUCGGCCACCAGUAUGCCUUCAACUCGACCAGGACUUUUUCAGGACCAGCAACCUAUGCAGGUUGUCCCAAGCGCCAGUAAUGUUGCCUCUGUAUCUUCCACAGACCAAGCCUCUGUCAACAUUUUUUUGCCCCAGGCAGCCAUUUCAGCACUGCAAAGUGGUGUAGGCACUCAAGAGUUACCUCAGGCUGCCACAGCAGCAGCCAUUUUUAGUGGGCAGGGUGGGGUGGCAAUUGGAGGGUUGCAGAGUUCCGCCUCCACAUCCAGUCAGCCGACUCCUGAUCCACUCUUUCAGACAGCUUUGGGGAACACCCUAAGCCAGCCUGGACAGCCAGGGCAACCAGGCCUGUUUUUGUUUGAAAUCCCCACUGAAUGUGGUCAGCUAUUAAACCCUUCUGGUCCUGCGUUGGCAGAUCAGCUUGUCUCCAUGGGGCAUCCUAGUUCAGAUCAUAACCAGAGCCAGCUUCAAACUAAUGCACAGAUUCACACUUUACUGGACCAGUCAAGCAACCUCAACGAGAAGAUUGAUGAACUACUAGAGCAGUUUCAGGAACAAGGGAAGACACUCUCCAGGAAUUUUUUAGAGCAGUAAAUGUACUUUGAAAUAUCAUUUGGUGAGUGCCGCUGAGCUUUGUGUCAAGCUUAUAGAUGCAAGUGUGAUGUGUUGUGGAAACUGGAGGAUCUACAUUUAA